UUUUCUCUUAUAGAUUCUGAAAGACCUCCCUCUUCGGCUUCUUCCUUUGGUCCAGUUCCACCUUCAAGACAAAUGGCUAUAGCCCCAUCAACUGUUGCACGUCCACAAAGCAGAAUUGGGAUGGUGGCAAAUGCUAUUGUUUCAGCCGCUCCUCCAAGAGGUUAUAGUAGAGCAGGCUCUAGAGUUGGAACUUCAGCAGGUGUUGGUGUACCUGGAACUGCUCUUGGUAAUCGUCCAUUAAAUCGUUCUACUACAGCUAUGGGGCCACGUCCAGGAACAAUGUCUCGUCAAAUGAUUGCCCAUCAAUUACCCCUCGGAACUGCUGCUGCCCAGCAACGUCCAAUAACUCAACAAGGGGUUAGUGGGGCUAGAGCUGCUGCUAUGGCUUCUAGAAUGGGAAGUAGAAUGGGAACAGCAAUGGGUGGAGGGAGAAUGAUAGCGGAUGCUAAUUAUUAUAUUGGACUUUUACAUAAUAAAUUGAAUGCAUUGGAGAUUGAAUUGGGAAAUUUAAAUGAAGAAUUAGAUAAAGCAGAAAAAGGAAGAGAGAAUUUAUUAGCUUAUGAACAGAGCUGAGGAACAAGCACAGGAAUUAAAACAAUUACAAGGACUUUUGGCUGAUUAUAAUUUGGUGAUUGACCGUCAAAAUACUCAUUCAGAUACAAAUUUGCGUUCUUUAGAAGCAGAGGCUGAUCAA